CAAAAUCAAUGUCUACCAACCUCAUGCGAUGAAGGUCGAGUCGGGGACGUGUUGAGUCUGAAGGUCGUUCACAGAAUGAGAUGAGGUAUUCGAGGCCUACGCCUAGCAUGAGCAUGCAGUUUGCGAUCAAUUGCACAAGUAGUACAUACGAUGGUUCCUCUUUGACGCUCGUCCCCUCAGACUCCAUGUUAUAUUCCUCACGACUAUCCUCGCUCGAGUACAUCGUUUGUAUAUUGUAUAUAAUAGUACUACUUGAUGUUGAUGUUGAUGACGAUUUCGUCCAAGUGGUCCAUCUACUUCUCGUAGUUUCUUAAUUCUGCACCUACUCACAUUUUUGUUGCGUACAUUCUGACUAUUGUGUAAAAAUUCUAGCGUGUAUGAAUGCUUUCUCCUCGUCGGCCUGAAGCCUAAUAUGUAUGAUUUUGGGAUUCAGCCCACUAAUAUGAUCUGCAGACUUCUUUAUCUUUACCUUUGUAGUGACGCAUUGAUAUUCUCCUUUCUUCUAUCUAUUUUUGCCUCAAAAUAAGUAGCAGACGUAAUUGCAAAGAACGUAGUCGCGUUUAGAAGUUCCCAUCUCAAUCACAAGAUGACGGUAGCCAUUCCUUCGGCGAGUACAAGUUUGCCGCCGAUCGACGCGUCGCCCGGGCGCGGUGCUCCUUUCGGCCAUUGUACCAACGUCGGUGUGGAAAAUGGGAGAAGCACGACGCCGCCUAAGGAGAUCGCGCUAGAGCUUUACGUCGAUGAGGCAUUCCGUUUUGCUGGCCCUACCACGAAGAAAUUAGCGAACCUGAAGAACUUGCUACGGCAGCGAUGCUUUCUGCUCGCUUACCGCAACCUCAAAAGCGACCAGAAGCUAGCGCGUUUGGAGAAACAAUUGGAAGAUCAGGCGGCAGAGAUGGUUCGAGUCCGCGAAGCUGUCGCUGCGAAGGAGUUUGCUGCUGAGCGCAAAGCAGAGGAGGCUCAGAGGGUCAUGGAUAAGUGCCGUGAACAGGAACGCAAACUUGAUAGAGAAAUUGCCAAGCUCAACGAGCGCAUAAAGCAUUUGGAAGAAAUACUGCAGGUACACUUCUGAGAUGACUACCUCUUUCUUGUUUAUCUGAUGACCUGAUGCAAUAAAAUAGAGCAGCUGCAGCUGCAACCACAAAUGUUGAAUAUGGAUUCGUGCUAUGGUCGAAAAAUGUUUUUUUGAAGAGGACGAGGACCUGCGUAGUGGAACAAUAAAGCCAGAUUAUUUGAUAAAAUUUUGUAGCAUGGAUGAACAUCUUCGAUCCCGUGACUUUUCUCUCUUCUUGACCACCUUUUCCUCAGGCUGUGACGGACGCGAAGACUGCUCGUGAGAAUGAACUGAGUAUUAUCCGCUCGCAGCAAGAGCACGUCAUCAUGGAUGCAAAGGAAGGGGCCACGACGGAGUUGCGACGGAAAGCAAGGUUGCAGGCAGAGCAACUCUCACAGCAGAUUGCUGUGCUGGAGAAGGAGCUUCAGCAUUUUAGAGACCGCUGCCAGGCUCUGGAGGAGCAGGCGAGACUCCGGUCGCACGAAGAACAGCUAAAAUUUGCGAAUAACGUUCUGGGUGAGCGCCGUGAGAAAGCAAGGGAGCGAAUGCAGCGAGUCGCGUACAUACCAGGUUCGAAUGCGCAUCACACUGCAGGUAUGUCUACCAUCACGCCUGGAGUGGCAGGUGCGGCAGCCGGCAAAGCGGGUGGCGGCGCGAAAGGAGGCAAUAAAGAUGGAGGAGGGAGCAAAGACGGUACUGGGAAAAAGGACAAAGACGCGAGCUCGUCUGGGAAAGGCAAGAAAGUAGAGGAUAAAGACAGUAGUCCCGGAGCUAAGAAAAAGAAGAAGCAGGGGGGAGCGAACAAAAACGAUAACGCGGAUGAUAAGCAGGAUGAUGCUACUCCGACACGUACUAUUUACUUCGGUGCCGUGUCGUGCACAUAUCAUUCAAUGAAAUCUUAAAUCGAGGAUGUUCUUGUUCUGUUCAUGAUAUUUCUUUUUGGAAAUCAAUGUUAAUUGUUAAUGGAAUUCCAUCUUGACUCACAGUUUCGGAACACUGGUCAGGGCGAAAUUCCAUUCCAAAGUGACUCAGAUUCAGAUACUUUUCAAUUGAUAACCAUUACAUCGAACUCGGAAGAUAAAAAGUAGGAGGUGUUGUAGCUGUCAUGCAAUUGACUUAUCUAAAUCUUCUUCCGUAAAAGUGCAUGUUUAGGUACUAGCGCUGGCAGUCCGCAACAACAGCGUGCGUCACCGCAAGACAUGCUUGGAGCUCUAGACCCAGAGGCGAUUCUAGCCCCUAGAUUGACAGAGGAGGAUAUCUGCGCAACGAUCGAUGCAUGCGAAGGGCGAUUUAAUGAAGAACGCAAGCGUUGGGAGACCGAGCGUGCUGAGUUGCGCAUGAUGUAUGAGCAGAAGGCGCUGCUACACGCCACGCAGCAGGCCACCCGGCAAACGCGGCUCUCCGAGGCACAUGAUAAGAUGCGGGACCUGGAGGCAGUUGUGCGGCACUUUCGCGCGAUCGAGCGCGAGCACGUACGAUUGGCGCAAGACGACAAGCAGAACCGCGUGCACGCCUUACAGCGAGUUACAAGGAUAUCGAAAUUAGCAAAGGAGGAAUCUCUAGGACCGUUGGAGCAGCUGACGGAUAUCAAGUCAUUGCGUGCGCGGGCCGAAGCGACGCUGAAACUCAAGACACUAGAAAACGAAACACACAGAAUUGCGAGACUCAUGCAUCAUGAAAAAAGGAUGAAGGUACAAAUUAGACAGAAGACAAGCAGAAAUGACUCUCUUGUCUGCAGUAUCAUGAUGCACUGAAUAUCUGGGACACCUAGACCACACGACCUUCGUCGGCUAGCAUCUACUUUCGCACCACAUGAAAGAAGUGUUGUGAAGAGACCAAUUCUUUCAUGCUUCUACUUCCAAACUGUCACUGUCUCAUUUUCAGCCUGAAGCUGUGGCACCGACCUUGCUGGAGGAGGCUCCUGCUGAGGAGGAGCGCAUGUGGAGUGUCUUUGGUGAGUUGCGAGAGCUUGACCAGACUUGCGCGGAUCUGCGCGCGGUCCCUGAAAAGCUCGACGCCGUUAACCCUCCAGAAGAUGACCACAUGUACGAGCUACCUAAACCCGUGUUUGAGUUUGAGACGCUGAGAGAUAACAUUCCGGACCUAGGUGGGGUAGACGACUACGUCACAGCGAUUGACAAGCUUCGAAGGGCUGCGAAUAGUGCCAACGUGAUGUCAAUGAUGGGCGGUCCAAUGUUGUCCAACCUGGCUGCCGCGGCUUCUCCUGCUGCGCCAAUGGGUGACGCAAGCAACUAACCCCAUGGACUUUUGUAGCGCGACGUCGCGUUCUUGUCGCAAAGCCUGGACGAGGCCGCAAAAGUUCAGGCUGCUCCGUAUAAGGUGGCUUCGUUAAGCAGUCAACACCUUUGAAGCCAGGAUCUAUCAUGAAUGCCUAUGCAUAGAUUGAAGAGAUUCUGAAGUGGUAGAUACCUGCUCAUUCUCCUAUUGGCUCAAACGAAAGAGACCUUCAAACAAUGUACCAUACCCUUUUUUGGACGGGCCUUAUGUGAUUUCAUUUGGUAAAAGUAAUCCGUCGGAUUAUAAAGAUAAUGAGUUGCACUUGCACGUUAAACAUUCAGAAAUGUACGUACAUAUUCCAACACCUUCCUGCAUUCACAACACCUUGUUGCAUCGAAAUAUGCUGAUACAACCACUGUGAUUGCACAGAUUUUUAUCUACUAAUAAAUAUCUUAUGUAGUCGUGGUGCUACAGCAUAUCUAGGGGGAGGGUGAUGUAUGAUACCAUGUUGUGUAGAAGAUCAUAUAGCUGAAGAGUCUAGAAAAACAGAAUCAUUUGUACAAAUCGUCUAUUGGAAUAAAGAGCUCAAACAAAAACUGCAUGGCAGCACAAGGAACUGCAAAAAAUUCAAACACAUUCAUAGCUCUACCUUUUAGUUUUACUGCUGAAAGAAAAUCUUCUUGCUGCAUCUAUUUUUCAUCGUGUAAGUG